AUGAGUAUGGAUACUAAUUUAACGUUCAUUGAAGAAGCCCUACAAGAUUUGCCCUGCCGAUUGUACCCUGGAAAGUUUUGCGGCUCCUACUAUGGCGUCGACUGCAGCAGCGAAGACUAUCACGCCUAUAUUUGCGAACUCAACAUCGACAUCCAAAAUAAGACCUCUUACAGCUGCACGACUUGUUUUAAUACCAACCUGGUUGUUGAUAGCAACGGCACGAUCUGCAGCACUGGGCUCAAGAUGAAUUUGAUGAAUGUUAUGUUCGAAAACGCACUGAAGAACUUGUGGUUGAGACUGCCUGAUACCAUUUGCAAUUCGGAUUUAUAUUGCUAUAGUGAUGUGUUGAAUCGGACGUUUUACAUUAACGAUUUUAAUAGCACAUUCGAAACAAAUACAGUGGAAAGUUUUCAGUGUAGCUUUAACUAUAGAAACUUAACGGGAGAAGUGUUGGCCAGUAAGGGGUAUGAUUGGAGUUUUCUGUUUGUGAUAUUAUUUAUAGUAGCCGGGGGCUUAGGCAAUAUAUUAGUGUGUUUGGCCGUUUGUCUGGACAAGAGACUACAAAACGUUACCAAUUACUUUUUACUGUCGUUGGCCAUCGCUGAUCUGUUGGUUAGUCUGUUUGUGAUGCCAAUGGGAGCUAUACCAGGAUUUUUAGGAUAUUGGCCGUUGGGUGUGGUGUGGUGUAACGUGUACGUCACUUGCGAUGUCUUGGCCUGCUCCGCCAGCAUCAUGCACAUGUGUUUCAUCAGUAUCGGAAGGUAUCUCGGUAUACGGAACCCGUUGAAGAGUCGCCAUCACUCAACGAAGAGGCUUGUGGUCAUCAAGAUAGCACUCGUGUGGCUACUCAGCAUGGUGGUCUCCAGUUCAAUUACGGUAUUAGGUCUGAUCAACAAGACGAAUAUAAUGCCGACGCCGGAUUUGUGUGUGAUCAACAACAGGCUUUUCUGGAUAUUCGGGUCUCUGGUUGCGUUUUACAUUCCGAUGCUGACGAUGGUGGUGUCUUUCGCACUAACCGUGCAAUUGCUAAAGAGACAGGCGAGGCUUGCUGCGACUCCCGUACCGGGAGGAACUCAGAGAAGGCAAUGUGGAGGCUUUGAUAAUGGACCGAUUCAGUGCGUGCGUCGCCUUGGAGCUAGGAGUUCACCAGAUUUGUCUCCUGGAAGACCCGUGUCCAGACAGAUGACUUGGAGAGUCACCAGUGCUAGAUCACAAAGGAACAAGAUCGGGAUGAGCGUGUCUCAUCCGCAGUUAAGCUACAUGAAUGGCUGUGGUACUGGCAAAUCUAAGAGAAGAGGACACGAUGUGGCCACACAGACUCCACCGAGCAUAGCAGCAGAAACAAGAAGAGCAAGGUUGAGGCCGUUGAAGUUGACCCUGGCUACUCCAAAUGCUUUGACUCUAAGAUUUUUAGCGAACCGCAAAAAAGGAAGAUCUCUAUCAGCCAACGCAGUAGCCAACGAACAGAAAGCAACCAAAGUGUUGGGUUUGGUUUUCUUCACCUUUGUCCUGUGCUGGGCUCCGUUCUUUCUACUUAAUAUUCUAUUUGCUGCCUGUCCUGCCUGCAUUGUACCUGAGCACGUGGUCGACAUCUGCUUGUGGUUGGGUUACGUGUCUUCUACCAUCAACCCUAUUAUUUACACGGUCUUCAAUAGGACGUUCAGAGCUGCUUUCCUGAGACUGUUAAAAUGCCACUGCACCAGACGCGGUAGAUGCACCAGAUAUCAUUCAGUUGGUUCUACCCGUGGGGCUUCACAGCUAUGCGCAAGAUCAGCACUUCCUCUGGCCAUCUCCCUGCGACCCUCGGGGCUGCCCGCUCCCACACCAGCUGCGCAGGACACAACGGAAACAGUCCUGAUGGAUCCACCGCUCGGUGAAUUCAAUAUGAGAUAUUAG